AUGAAAACGAAGUUUGACUGCAUCAGUACCGGGAAAAGAAAUAGACCCUCUCCAAAUAAUAUCGAUCUCAACGACCAGUCAGCUACAUUUAAAAGGAAUAAAAAAAAUAGCCGCCAACCAAGCUUUAAAGUGGGUUUGUCUUAUAAUAGUUUACUGGAUGAUUGUGAUAAUGAAAAUGACACAGAAGAUAUAUUUGAGGGUCGUGGUCCACGAUUCUUCGAUAACGAUGAUAAUUUUUCAUUAACAGCAGAUGAUACGCAAGUUACUAGUAAAUUAUUUGAUCAUGACUUAGAAAAGUUACCAAGUGAAGAGGCGAAAAAACCAAAGAGGGUCACGGUUAGGAAAUUACCUAAUAAAUGUUUGGGUACGAAUAUCUUGCCAGAUUCAUUUAGAGGAGUUUUCAAAUUUACAGAAUUUAAUAAGAUGCAAUCAGAAGCUUUUCCUAGUAUUUACGAAAGUAACGAAAAUUGCAUCAUUUCUUCACCAACCGGAUCAGGAAAAACUGUAUUAUUUGAAUUGGCAAUCUUACGUCUUAUAAAAGAAAUGAAUAGUGAUUCAAAUAAUACCAAAAUUAUAUAUAUCGCUCCCACCAAAUCUCUAUGUUAUGAGAUGUACAAGAACUGGAUUCCUUCCUUCGUCAAUCUUUCUGUCGGCAUGCUCACCAGCGAUACUUCAUUCCUGGAGACAGAAAAGGCUAAAAAAUGUAAUAUAAUAAUUACGACGCCAGAAAAAUGGGAUUUGUUAACAAGACGGUGGUCUGAUUAUAGCCGACUAUUUGAAUUGGUCAAACUCGUCUUAGUUGAUGAGAUUCAUACUAUAAAGGAGAAAAGAGGUGCAACUUUAGAAGUAAUUUUGACAAGGAUGAAUACAAUGUGUCAGAACAUUAGGUUCGUUGCUCUAAGCGCAACUGUUCCAAAUAUAGAAGACCUCGCAUUGUGGCUCAAAACCAACAACGAGGUUCCUGCAAAUAUUCUUUCUUUCGACGAAUCGUACCGACAAGUUCAGUUAACCAAAUAUGUUUAUGGGUACUCCUUCAAUUGCAAAAAUGAUUUCCAAAAAGACGCCAUAUAUAAUUCCAAAUUGAUUGAAAUAAUCGAAAAGCAUGCCGACAAUCGCCCAGUACUAAUAUUUUGCCCAACCAGGGCUUCAACCAUAUCGACGGCAAAAUUCUUACUGCAUAAUCAUUUUUCUUCGAAAAGUAAGAAAAGAUGUAAUUAUCAUGCCUCUGAUAGAAUAUUAAGCGAAUGCAUGCAACAAGGCAUCGCUUUCCAUCAUGCUGGAAUUUCAUUAGAAGACCGUACUGCGGUUGAAAAGGAAUUUCUUGCAGGUUCAAUAAAUAUAUUGUGUUCAACUUCAACAUUAGCAGUUGGCGUGAACCUUCCGGCUUACUUGGUUAUUAUCAAAGGCACCAAAAGUUGGAACUCUUCUGAAAUCCAAGAAUAUUCAGACCUAGACGUACUGCAAAUGAUUGGGCGGGCUGGAAGACCUCAAUUUGAAACCCACGGGUGCGCAGUAAUUAUGACAGACACCAAAAUGAAGCAAACAUAUGAAAACUUAAUUCAUGGCACUGAUGUUUUGGAAAGUUCAUUGCAUUUGAAUUUAAUCGAGCAUUUGGCAGCAGAAACGUCUUUGGAAACUGUCUUUUCAGUCAAAACUGCUGUAAAUUGGCUACGAAACACAUUCUUUUACGUUAGAUUUGGGAAAAAUCCGGCUGCGUAUCAAGAGGUGAACAAAUAUGUUAGUUUUCACUCGGUUGAAGACUCUCAGAUAAAUCAAUUCUGUCAGUACUUGCUUGACGCCUUAGUAAAAGCAAAACUAAUUGAUAUGAGUGACGGGGAAUACAGAUCGACAGCGUACGGUAACGCAAUGACGCGACAUUACAUUUCAUUUGAAUCCAUGAAACAAUUCAUUAACGCAAAUAAAACUCUAUCAUUACAAGGUGUGUUGAAUUUACUGGCCACCUCUGAAGAGUUUUCGGUUAUCAGAGUGAGGCACAAUGAAAAAAAAUUGUUCAAAGAAAUCAAUUUAUCUCCACUUUUAAAAUAUCCAUUUUUAACUGGGAAGAAACAGAGCCAAAUAAUUGACAAAAUUAGCCAAAAGGUUUCUCUUUUGAUUCAGUAUGAAUUGGGUGGAUUAGAAUUUCCAUCAUACGAAGGGGCUUCCAAAUUGCAUCAAACUCUUGUUCAGGAUAAAUUCCUCGUCUUUAGACAUUGUUUUAGAUUACUAAAAUGCAUGGUAGAUACAUUCAUUGAAAAAAGUGACGGAACAUCGUUGAAAAAUACCCUGUUCUUACUGCGAAGCCUGAAUGGUCAUUGCUGGGAAAACACGCCAAUGGUUCUUAGACAAUUGAAGACAAUUGGGCUAGUUUCAGUACGAAAGCUAAUACGACAUGGAAUUACCAAUCUAGAAGAAAUGGCAAAUUUGUCAGACACUCAGAUUGAAUACUAUCUUAACCUCAAGAUUGGAAGCGGGAUAAAAAUUAAAAACGAUAUUUCCUUGUUGCCUUGUCUGAAUAUUAGAACAAAACUGGAACAUUGCAAAAUGGAAAAUGAGGAUUUGUGGCUGACAUUUAAGGUUGAGAUUAGUGCAUUAUUCAAGUCUAGUAUCUGGCAUGGACAGCACCUCUCAUUGGAUAUUGAAACUGAGAAAAGCUCAGGAGAGUUGGUCGACUUUAGAAGACUUCAACUUAAUAAACUACAGUCACCAAGAGGCUUCAAAAUUUCAGCAAAUAUCUCAUCCAAUCUAGAAAAAAUUGAAUUUUCCAUUCAUUGUCAAGAGAUCGCCGGACUCGGAAAAACAAUCGUAUAUUCCACUGACCAUCUGGCAUCCCAGUUCUUCGCGAAGUCAUCGCAUAUGAGGAAAGAUCUAAGUAGUCUAGAAAAAUGUCUCUUCCAUGUGAGUAGUAGUGACGAAGAAGUUGAGAAAACAUCUAGAUUUUCCCACAAUGUUGGCUUAGAAGAAUCGCUGUCUUCAGAUGACAGCAUAUUAGAUUAUUUGAAUGAGGCGAAGAGGCCGCCAAAGGCGGUUGAACCUGCUGCGGCUAUUCACUCAAACGUACAUUCUUCUUCACAUGGUAGUAAUGGCCGCCAAGUAAGAUCCAAUGGAAAUUAUGAAUGUUUUCACAGUUGCAAAGACAAAACGCAAUGCAGGCAUUUGUGCUGUAAGGAGGGAAUUCCAGGAAAAUAUAUAAAAGAAAAAGGAUCAUCUUCAACCAUGUCAGUAUCGAAAGCUGGUCAAGUACGCCAGCCGCUGCUUGCGAAAAAUACCAAUACAGAUCCCCACCUGGAAAAAGGACCAAAGGGUAAAUUAAGACAGUGGCAGGAAGAAAGUACAGAUACUGGGGCAGUUCACCUGCCUUCUUCAAAAGUUCAUGAUGUCCCUCACAUGUCGUUUAAGGAAGCAAAUGUACAAGUCUUACAACCCGCUCCGGAGAUUUUCCCUGAAAUAACUUCCAUUGAUCUUAAGUCAUCCGAUGGCUAUUCUAGCAAUACAGCGAUAAGCUCAGCAAGUGAUCCGACUGGUGGUCUGGAUUUCUUAGGUUCGGAUAUCGAGUUUGAAUGA